GACAUGUAGUGCACUUAUAUCAAGAGUAAAGGCUUAUUUGGGAUUCGGCCUAUAGAGAAGCCUGCCCUCCAACCCGGAAGUGUACUUUAGCCCGACUCGAGCACAUGGAAAGAAAGAUGCACAGGACAUCCACAUGCAAGGGCUAAAUAAGCAGUUCAGAUAAGCGUCACAGCUGGAUAUAACAUCUCUACCCUGUAAUGAACAGAACUUCUCAAAACACUGCAGUUAUUCCUGUGGAAUUUUGCUCUUUGUUCAACUAUGUCCGAACUUACUCUUAACUUGAACUUCAGUGGCCCUGGCUAUAACGAGAGCCAAGAGAAACCCAGUGGUAAUGCCAGACACCAACAAUUUCUUAGAAAGAGGCGCUACCUGGAACAUAAGGGGUUUCUGAAUAACAAGCAAAACAGAAAUAACAGGCAAAAAGGAAAAGACAAAAGAGAGAAAUUGCAAAAAGAAAGGAAAAGAAAGGACCAUGCACAAGCCAGUGCUGUUUUCCCCAAAUUUACUACUCUAAAGCCAGAAUUGUCCACAAAUCCCUCCACUACCAUGCAGGCCCACCAUGGAAACUCUGCAACCAUCAAGGAAUUUUCAGUGCCUUUAAAGUCAACAUCUAAAACAGGAUCCAGCUCAGAGUUGCUCAACCCGUUGAAAUAUGUCGCCCUUGACUGUGAGAUGGUAGGGACAGGUCUCAAAGGUCAUUGCAGUGAACUGGCCCGCUGCAGCAUAGUCUCCUAUGAUGGGGAUGUAAUUUAUGACAAAUUCAUCAAGCCGGUUAAUCCAGUCACAGAUCUUCGCACUCGGUGGAGUGGAAUAAGAUGGCAAGAUCUUCAUAAAGCAACACCCUUCGAACAAGCCCAGAGAGAGAUUUUAAACAUCCUCACUGGGAAAGUGGUUGUGGGCCAUGCUAUUCAGAAUGAUUUUAAGGUUUUGAAAUAUUCCCAUCCUGUCCACUUAUUGCGAGACACCUCACGAAUUCCCAUUCUGAAUCAGAAAGCAGGUCUGCCUGAAAACCAACCUGCCUCCCUGAAGACCCUGACAAAGCUUCUGUUAAACAAGAAAAUACAGACUGGAAAGAAGGGCCAUUCUUCAGUAGAAGACGCAAAAGCCACCAUGGAGCUAUAUAAAACAGUAGCAGUGGAAUGGGAAAGGACUUUGGCUUCAACUACUUUCUAAAGGAAAAAAAACUGCCAAGUGUUUUUCUUAAUUAAAGUUCAAUGUUUUAAAAAUGAGUUUUAAGCCUUUAAGCUGUCUAGUUUUAAUUAUUAAAAAAAAGCAAAAAAAGGCUGUCUAACCAAAUUUAAACAUUUUUAUGCUUCCACACUUAAAAUGUUUGUUGUUUAUAAGGCUUUUUCUAUUUGUUAAUCCACAUGUUGAAUUUGUU